AUGUCGGACUACAAAUUCGAAGGAUGGGUUGGUGUCGACAAGUCCGCCGCUGAUGGCAAGAUGGUCUGGAAGGAGUUCCAGCCAAAAGCCUGGGAGGAGACGGACGUGGACAUUAAGGUCACUCACUGCGGAGUCUGUGGGUCAGAUAUACAUACUCUGCGCAGCGACCGAACCCAGGGCCCCACCGACUACCCUUGCGUCGUCGGCCACGAAAUCGUCGGCCGUGCCGUCCGAGUCGGCUCCCAGGUCAAGCAUGUCGCUGUCGGCGACCGCGUCGGGGUCGGCGCCCAAUCUGACAGCUGCCGGAACCGUAAAGGCCCUUGCGAGGAAUGUUCAGCCGGCCUGGAGAACCAUUGUCGUAAUGGGACGACGGACACCUACAACAGCAAGCAUCAGAAUGGCGACAAAUCGUACGGAGGUUACGCAACCUAUUCGCGAGUGCCAGGACACUUCGUGUUCAAGAUCCCCGAUGGUCUCCGGAGCGCGGAUGUGGCUCCGAUGCUGUGUGGAGGCAUCACCACAUAUGCUCCGCUGAAGCGGAAUGGCUGCGGGCCGGGAAAGGCGGUGGGGGUCGUUGGCGUAGGCGGUCUGGGACAUUUCGCGAUCCUUUGGGCCAAAGCACUGGGCGCCAGCAAAAUCGUCGGAAUAUCCCGCAAGAAAGCGAAAGAGCAGGACUCUCUGGCCCUCGGUGCUGACGCCUACAUCGCCACGGAUGACGAUCCGAGCUGGGUCCGCGCCAAUUUCCGAACGCUGGAUCUCAUCAUCUGCACGGUCUCGAGCAAUAAUAUGCCUUUGAAAAAGUAUCUGCGACUGCUCCGAACGGGGGGCAAGUUCGUCCAGGUGGGAGCCCCCGAAGGGAACAUGCCAGCGAUCGGUGCUUUCGAUUUGCUCGGCGCGGGAAUUUACCUCGGCGGCUCCUCCAUCGGAUCGCCAGGAGAGAUUCGGGAAAUGCUUCAGCUUGCGGCGGACAAGAAUGUGAAGGCUUGGGUGGAGGAGAGAAAGAUGGCAGAUGCCAAUCAGGUGGUGGUUGAUAUGGAAGAUGGCAAGGCGCGAUAUCGCUACGCGCUCGUGAACGAAGAUGAUCGGCCACGUCUUUGA